GCUGGUUCGCGGAGGCCGGAAGUAGUAGCCGAGUCCGUUAAACGGCGACGAGGCGGGGGUCUUGUCUUGGGCGCUCUUCGGCUUCUCGCUCCCGCGCGGCCCGUUUGCUUCCGUUGGCUCCUGCUUGCCUUCCUUCCUUCCUGCUGCCUGCCCCGCCUCCCCUCCUCUUGCGCCCACCAUGGCCGAGUUCGAUCUCUUCGGCUCCCCUCAGCCGGCGGCGGGAAACGGAGCGCUGGGCGGCGGCGGUGGCGGCGGCGAUGAGGACCCGGCCGCCGCCUUCCUGGCCCAGCAGGAGAACGAGAUCGCGGGCAUCGAGAACGACGAGGGCUACAGCAUCCUGGAGAACGGCGAGGUGCCGGCGGGGAUGCAGGAGGGUCUGUCCGCGGAUUCAAUUGACGGGGUGACAAACGGUGAUGUCUACCAGGAGAGCAAUGGUCCGACGGACUGCUAUGCAGCUAUUUCACAAGCCGAUCGUUUGCAGACAGAACCAGAGAGUAUCCGCAAAUGGAGAGAAGAGCAGCUGGAACGUCUAGAAGUACUUGAUGCAAACUCUCGAAAACAAGAAGCGGAGUGGAAAGAGAAGGCGAUAAAGGAGUUGGAGGAAUGGUAUGCGAGACAAGACGAGCAGCUACAGAAAACGAAAGUGAACAAUAGGGUGGCAGACGAAGCUUUCUUCAAACAACCGUUCGCUGACAUGAUUGGUUAUGUCACAAACAUAAACCAUCCUUGCUACAGCCUAGAACAGGCAGCUGAAGAAGCCUUUGUGAACGAUGUUGACGAAUCUUCCCCAGGCACUGAGUGGGAACGUGUGGCUCGGCUCUGUGACUUUAACCCCAAGUCAAGUAAGCAGGCAAAGGAUGUGUCCCGCAUGCGCUCGGUGCUGAUUUCACUCAAGCAGGCUCCGCUGGUUCGCUGAAGGGGAAAGCGCACGCCACACUACAAAUGCAAUAUCUUUAACUUUACUCAGAGAAGCUGUGUUUGCAGUAAUUGGAUUAAUUAUGUUUCAAUGGUUUUUUGUUUUUUGUUUUGUUUUGGACCAAACCUCAUGACGUACUUAGAGUUUGAUCAUUGUUUUGUGAUUGCAUGUUUUUUUUUCUCCUCCUCCCCCUUAUCCGUGUCCUCCUGGUUGUACAUACUGGGAAGAGACGUCAAGAACUGUAGUCUUUGGGCUCUGGCGCAGAGACUUCACUUUCAGCUGUACUGAAAAUUAAAGAUCUGUUUAAGCGGCA